UGUAAACAAGAAGUGUUCGCGAUCAGGAACAACUAAGUGUCAAGGGGUCCGGGUUAGUGUGUGUUUAACAUGGAGGUGGUGGAGAGUUUGUUGAAGACAUUUACUGUGGAAGCCAGUGGCCUUUCUGUGUCUCUGGGCCUCUUUCUGCUCUUUCUGGGUCUUCUUUACUGGUAUUCAGUGCACCCCUACUCUGUGUUGUCGCGACAUGGCAUUAAACACCCCAAACCUAUGCCGUUCUUCGGGAACCUGAUGCUUUUUCGACGGGGCUUUUUUGAGGCUCAUGCAGACCUGAUUAACAAGUAUGGGAAAGUAUGCGGUUAUUAUCUUGGCAGAAGGGCAGUGAUCGUGGUGGCUGACCCAGACAUGCUUAGACAGAUUAUGGUAAAGGAGUUCAACAACUUCCCCAACAGAAUGAAAUUCGGAGCUGCCACCAAGCCCAUGAGUGAGUCUCUGCUUAUGCUGAGGAAUGAGAAAUGGAAACGAGUGAGAAGUAUCCUCACGCCAUCUUUCAGUGCCGCCAAGAUGAAGGAGAUGGUUCCUCUGAUCAAUACAGCCACUGACACUUUAUUGAACAACCUGACAGCGUACGCUGAAUCUGGAGAAAGCUUUGACAUUCACAGGUGUUUUGGCUGCUUCACCAUGGACGUGAUCGCAAGUGUGGCCUUUGGAACUCAGGUCGACUCUCAGAAUGACCCUAAUGACCCCUUCGUCCAUCACGCCCAGAAGUUCUUCACUUUCUCCUUCUUCAGACCAAUCCUGUUGUUCUUCAUGGCUUUUCCUUUCCUAAUUGGCCCUCUGGCUGGCAUCAUUCCCAACAAAAGGAGGGAUGAGAUGAAUGGUUUUUUCAUCAACUGCAUCCAGAAGAUCAUCAAACAGAGAGAUGAGCUGCCAGUCGAGCAGAGACGGCGCGACUUCCUGCAGCUGAUGCUGGAGGCGAGGAGCAGCAAAGAGCUGGUGUCGCUGGAACACUUCGACGUGGUCAACCACGCCGACGAACAGGCCUACGGCCAGCAGGGCUCCGCGCACGCGGCCGACGGACAGGAGAACGGGGCGGCGGGAGAGUCGCCCAAACGCGGGCCGCAGAAGAGGAUGAUGACGGAGGACGAGAUCGUGGGGCAGGCGUUCCUCUUCCUCCUGGCGGGGUACGAGACCAGCAGCAACACGCUGGCCUUCGUCUGUUACCUGUUGGCCGUUCACCCGGAGUGCCAGGAAAAAGUGCAAAGAGAGGUGGACGACUUCUACGCCAGACACGAAUCUCCAGAUUACAACAACGUUCAGGAAUUGAAAUAUUUAGACAUGGUAGUCUCUGAAGCCCUGCGUCUGUACCCCCCAGGAUUUAGGUUUGCGAGAGAAGUCGAGCAUGACUGUGUUAUAAACGGGCAGUUUCUGCCUAAAGGAAUGAUUCUGGAGAUCCCAGCAGGCUAUCUACACUACGACCCACAACACUGGCCCGACCCAGAGAAGUUCAUUCCGGAGAGGUUCACAGCAGAAGCCAAGGCCAACCGACACCCCUUUGUGUAUCUGCCCUUUGGGGCAGGUCCUCGCAGCUGUGUUGGCAUGAGACUAGCUCUGCUCGAGAUCAAAAUGUCUCUCGUCAAAGUGUUUCAGAGAUUCAGUAUCGUGGCCUGUGAGGAUACAAAGGUUCCUCUGGAACUGAAAUCUAACACCACACUGGGGCCCAAGAGCGGCAUAUUUGUCAAGAUUGUCAAGAGAGAGACCUCAGUGGAACCUCAGAACCAGUAACAGAAGAGACAAUAAUGUCUAGGCGUUAGAGAUCAAACACACUCUGCUUUGAUAUUUUUUUUCCACUGAUUAAACAUCUACAGUUCAAUAGCUGUGUAAUUAAGAAAACAUAUCUACUUCUUUGAUUCCAGUAGUGGAGGGCUGUGGAUACAUGAAGGGUAAUCUUCCAAUGGAAGUGCAGAAUUAUUUUUUUGUACCUAGUCUUAAAUGGUAAAAGGCUCAUGACAGGUGAAAUGAUACUAAGAUCAUCCAUCGUUCUUAUGGACCACGGACGAGGUCUUGCUCUCUACACCCAUUGCUGGCAAUGACACGUGAAUUGGUUAAACUCAGAAAUUAGUUAAAACGCUGAUGGAUGAAUACAAACAGCAGAGUGAAUGGAUUUGGAUUGAGAAUCUGAAGCUCCGUAUUAAGUGGGUGGUCUUGUUAUUCAGCUAGUAAUGGUUCAGACUGAUACUGGAAUGAUUAAACCUAUAGAUAGACAUGCUCUCUUUGCACUGGAUUGCAAGAGUUUUCAUUACUGGAUCUUAACUUGAUUGGUUUUUUUUAUCCCACUAAUGUGAUCAUCCUGUAUUAUCUAAUCAUCUGUAUGUGAUUUCAGUUUGGUGUGAUAUUACUUAGCGCAUGCAGUACGCCAAGCUGUGAAUGAUCCAGAAAUAUCCAUAAGAGAGCCUGCUGUGGGUCACCUCAAGCUGUUGCCAGAGCUGAACUUGUUAUAAACAAAUUAGGACAGGCACAUAUCAUAAUCAGGUUGGGAGAAAGUUAUCUUUCAAAGUUGGACAAUAAAACUCACCCAAGCUUCCUGGUUCUAUUUCCUUGUCUCAUGAAUGCGUUGAUAAGGUACAGCCCAGAGUACAAAUGCAUUAAGAGUGAAGUUCACAAUGUUACUGUAUAAGACAGCGGUCAAACCCAUUGUUACUGUUCUUUUGCACUGCUCAUUAUGCACAAUGAUUGUGAUUAUACGAUGGAGGACUGUAUUCUACGCAAAACUAACAGUGUCCUUUGUAAUCUAAUAAUGCCUUACUAAAUGCUCUUAACAUGGAAAUUAAGUAAAUAAAUAAAUUUCAGUGGG